GAAGAACCAUUCGCUGCUCUGGAGUGGCUGGGCCACACUGAUCCCAGGCUGUUUAUUUACAGAGACUGUGAACACCAGUGAUGGAUACAAAACUGGACAACAAUUUUACGACAGUCUCUGCAGCUUCUCCGGGCAAUGACUGUGAUCUCUAUGCACACCACAGCACAGCCCGGAUACUAAUGCCUCUGCAUUACAGCAUUGUCUUCGUAAUUGGGCUUGUAGGAAAUGUGCUAGCCUUGGUUGUCAUUAUUCAAAACAGGAAAAAAAUCAACUCUACUACCCUAUAUUCAACAAACUUGGUGAUUUCUGAUAUACUUUUCACCACUGCUCUACCUACGCGGAUAGCCUACUACGCCCUGGGCUUUGACUGGAGAAUCGGCGACGCCCUGUGCAGGAUAACUGCGCUGGUGUUUUACAUCAAUACAUACGCAGGUGUGAACUUCAUGAUGUGCUUGAGCAUUGACCGGUUCUUUGCUGUGGUGCACCCUCUGCGGUACAACAAGAUGAAAAGAAUUGAACAUGCAAAAUGCAUUUGCAUAUGUGUCUGGAUUCUAGUAUUUGCUCAAACACUCCCGCUACUCAUAAAACCUAUGUCAAAGCAGGAGGAAGAAAGGACUACAUGCAUGGAAUAUCCAAACUUUGAAGAAACGAAAUCUCUUCCCUGGAUGCUGCUUGGUGCAUGUUUCAUAGGAUAUGUGCUUCCUCUCCUGAUCAUUCUCAUCUGCUACUCUCAAAUCUGUUGCAAACUCUUUAAAACUGCCAAACAAAACCCACUAACUGAGAAAUCUGGUGUAAACAAAAAGGCUCUCAACACAAUUAUUUUUAUAAUUGUUGUGUUUGUUCUCUGUUUCACACCUUACCAUGUUGCAAUUAUUCAACACAUGAUUAAGAAGCUUCAUUUUCCUGGUCUCCUGGAAUGCAGCCAAAGACAUUCAUUCCAGAUCUCCCUGCACUUUACAGUAUGUCUGAUGAACCUCAAUUGCUGCAUGGACCCUUUUAUAUAUUUCUUUGCGUGUAAAGGGUAUAAGAGAAAGAUUAUGAAGAUGCUGAAGCGUCAGGUCAAUGUAUCAAUUUCCAGUGCUGUGAGGUCAGCCCCUGAAGAAAACUCGCAUGAAAUGACAGAAACUCAAACAAUGAUACAUUCCAAGUCUUUAAAUGGAAAGUAAAAAGGAAUUAAAUCUUGGAUUUACAGCAAAGUAGACUGUAUGACAAACUUUGCCGGACUUUUCUUAUAAAACAAAAUGACUGUUCAACUUCCAAUAA